AACUUUUCGAAAAUUCAUCGCAUAAACGCGGACCAGGUUGGGAAAUCGAAACGAGAAAGUCUCUGUGAAAUUGUGGCGGAAUUUUGUUGUUAAUUCGUUAGCACUGGCCUGUUGACUUAUGAAAUGAAGAUCGGGGAGGUUAAAAUUGCGGAGGACAGCGACUUCCUGAUCCUGAAGAGCCUAAUAGACGACCAUUCGAACUGGAAACUGGCUUACGAGAAGGCGAAUCACACUAAGGUAUGGACUCAACAAACGGAAAAUUGUAAUUUCAAAAUGGUUAAAAUUCACACAAUUUUCGAACACAUUUCUGCGAACACAAUGUUCGAUGUGCUCCAUGAUCCAGAUUACAGAAGAGAAUGGGACGAACACAUGAUAUCAUCUGAAGAAAUUGGAUAUCUAAAUCCCAACAAUGAUGUGGGCUAUUAUGCACUUUCUUGUCCAACUCCAGUAAAAAACAGGGAUUUUGUUCUGCAGAGGUCGUGGUUGGAUAUGGGCAAUGAGAAACUUAUGUUCAACCAUUCAGUAGAACACAAAGAUUUCCCUCCUAGGAAAGGAUUUAUUAGGGCUACUUCACACCUCACCGGUUUCGUGAUACGGACCAUGGACAACGGCUGCUCUUUCGGCUAUGUCACACAAACAGAUCCCCGAGGAAAGCUACCCCCUUGGUUGGUCGACAAAAUCACGAAAAAAUUCGCACCAAAAAUGAUAACCAAACUGAAGAAGGCCGCUGAGAAUUACGAACAAUGGAAAUUGAACCAGAAGAACCCGGAUUUCAAGCCUUGGGUGUACCCAGAAUUGACUGUCGAAUAUAAGAAGAGGGUCCAAGUAGAAGAUAAGUCUUUAAAGAGACACAAGAUAUAUACGUUCAUUGACUCAGAAGUGUUGCUGUUUCAAAAUUAAUUGCCUGUUUUUAACUGCCAUUUGAAAUGCAACCAAAUAAUAAGCGAAGAACCUGAAGACGACUGAAAACUUGGAUUACCAUUCACGGUUAAAACUCACAGCUCAAAAGGCCAAGACAAAUUUCCCGCAUAAGAACACCAACAACGUAUUUUCUAGUAUUCGAAUUACAUUUCUAGUCUCUUAUUGUAAUAUAUAAAGUAUUAUCACGAGAAAGUAUUGUAAGUGUUGUGAAUUUUUUAUGAAAAAAUCUUUACGAAUGCAAGAAAAAUGAUAGAAUACUCAACAAA